AUGGGAUUGUGUCAGAGUGAGGAGGACAAGAGUGGCUUAGAUAAAAGCAAAGCAAUCGAUAAGCAAAUCAAGCAGGGAGCUGCUGCUGAUGAGCGUACCGUGAAACUGCUCCUGUUAGGAGCUGGAGAAUGCGGAAAGAGCACGAUACUGAAGCAGAUGCGAAUUCUUCAUAAUAACGGGUUUACCGAAGAUGAAAUGACACAACAAAAACGGGUUGUCUACAAUAAUACGGUAACAGCAAUGCAGCAAUUGAUCAAAGCCAUGCAACAAUAUAAUAUAAAGUAUUCGUCACCUGAUCGAGAGGCAGAUGCGUUGAUCGUUCAAGACGUCAUCAAGCAAGGCCGAGAAUCAGAGCCAUUCACUCCUGACUUAGCCGUAGCCAUCAAGAAACUAUGGAACGACAAAGCUGUUCAAGAGGUAUACGAGGAAAAACGACUUGAAUGCCAUCUACACGAAAGUACUCGAUUCUUUCUCGACAGCGUCGAUCGUAUAUCAAAUGUGAAUUAUAAGCCUACCGAUCAAGAUAUAUUGCUCACCCGGAUAAAAACUACUGGAAUCGUUGAAGUGUCAUUUAUGAUUAAGAAAGUACAUUUCAGAGUGUUUGAUGUGGGAGGCCAACGAUCGGAACGGAAAAAAUGGAUUCAUUGUUUUGAAGAUGUUAACGCCAUUAUUUUCAUAGCAGCUGUCAGUGAAUAUGAUGAAGUAUUGUUUGAAGACGAGACAACGAAUCGGAUGCUUGAAUCACAACGUCUCUUCGAAUCGAUUUGCAAUAGCCGAUGGUUUAUCAACACGUCAAUUAUUUUGUUUAUGAAUAAAAAAGAUCUGUUUAUGGAGAAAAUUAAACGCGUCUCCAUCAAGACGGCGUUCCCAGAAUACUCAGGACCGCAAACGUACGAGGAUUCGAUGAAAUACAUCAAACAUCGUUUUGAAAUGUUAAAUCAGAAUCCGAAAAAGACGAUAUUCGUGCACGAGACCUGCGCCACUGAUACGGAUCAAGUUCAGAAGAUUCUUGAUUCAGUUAUAUCAAUGAUUAUACAACAGAAUCUUCACAAAAGCGGUCUUUACUAA